UCCUACCUAAUUUAACUAUUUACCUACGUAUACUUUAAUAAUUGUUCAAAGUGCAUACCGUUCCUCUCCACACAGAGUCUUGCACGUUUUUGCACAUUGUCUUUUAAUUUGGCGAGCACUACAGUGUCAUUUUUCACGUGGUCAAAUGCCGCACUAAUUUGCACUUUUAAGUCCUCGAGGCUUUGUGCUUCUUCAAAAUACACACGUCUUUUGAUUUCACCCCACAAAUAAAAGUCGCACGGUGUUAGGUCCGGCGAUCGAGCAGGCCACACGAUGGGGCCUCCGCGUCCAAUCCAUCGAUCACCAUAUUCUAUGGUGAGAUGAUCUCGGACGGCGGCGGCGUAAUGGGGUGGUGCACCGUCCAGUUGAAAAUAAAAAUCCCGGAAGUAGGCCACGGGCAAGUCCUCCAUGAAAUCGGCAAUGACAUGCCGCAACAUAUCGAGGAAGUUGCCGCCGGUGAGCGGCCCUUCGAUGAAGUACGGCCCCAGUAUUUUCGUGCCUAUAACACCGGCCCACACAUUGACACUAAAGCGCACUUGAUGGUGGGUUUCCCGAAUCAUAUGCGGAUUUCUGAAGGACCACCAGUGUUCGUUAUGAUGGUUAUAAAGCCCCACACGAGUAAACAAUGCUUCGUCAGUCCACAAAAUGUUGGCAUUAGGGUGUGCAAUCAGCCAUUCACAAAAGGUGCGACGGGGCACAUUAUCUCCAUCGUGUAGAGCUUGGACCUUUUGGAAGUGGUAAGGGUGUAGCCCUGUCACAUUCAGCAGCUUCCACACGGCAUAGUGGCUUACGUUAAAUCGGCGUGCGGCAUCUCGUGUACUGGCUCGCGGGUCCCUUUCGAAGAAAUCCAAGAUUUCAUCUUCGAUUUCAACUGCAAGUCUUGAUCUUCCACCUCCGCGAGCGUGAGCAGGCGUAGUAAAUUGACCAUAGUCCAAUAGCCUUUGGUUCACAGCCAAAAAUGUCUCGCGACUAGGUACUGCGGGGUUUAUUAAUCCCUGAUUUUGCAGGGCUGGGAUGGAUUCUGUUUCGUAUAGUCUCCGAGCUGCAUUUAAACUUUCACCGCUUAAAAUGUAACACCGCACCAUUUCGUAAUAUUCGCGAUUGGAAUACAUUCCGACGCGCGAAGUGUGGGGCUGCGGCGGGUGGCGCGCAACACGGAAGCAAAGGCGGAAGCGCGUGCGUUCAAAGGGAUUAUGCGCGGGUGACUGAUGUUGCCGACUAAAUAAAAAACCGAGCAGAUAUCGUCGGCGGUGCAUGCGCGGCGCAUGCGCGGCGCAUCCCCUGCGCCCGCGCCCCUUGCUACCCCUGCUCGUUUCGUUCAUAACUAAUGUGACAAUGCGAAUGUUAUAAUUAUCUUGUAAUUACAAAAAGUUUACACUUCAUUUUGAAAAUUUUACAUACUGUUUUUUUUUCAUAUAUGUGAUCUAUUAACGAUACCUAAUGCCUAGAAAAAAUUUGGAGAGUCAUUUUAAAUGCAGGCGAUCUCUCGGUGAAAGAGAAACCAAACGGCAAGAGCACAUAUACGAGUUGAUACUAACAGAAAAACACCACUGUCUGACGAUACGGCUUAUGCAAAAGAUGUUCGUGGAGGGCAUGGUCCGGCUGGGCGGCGCCAGCGGGGCGCAGGUGUCGCGCAUGUUCCCGCGCGUGGAGGAGCUGUGGGCGCUGCACGCGGCGCUGCUGGGGCGGCUGCGCGCGCGCCAGCGGCAGGCGCCCGCCGUCGCCACCAUCGCGGACGUGCUCGCCGACACGUUCGCGCCGCCCGCGCAGCACAGGCUCAAGGCCGCGUACGGUGAGUUUUGUUCGCGGCAUCACGAAGCAGUUGAAGUGUUCAAAGACUGUUGUACUCGAGAGCCGCGACUUGCGCGGUUCAUACGAAAGUGUCAACAAAAUCCUAUGCUCAGGAAAAAGGGUGUACCGGAAUGUGUUCUGUUCGUGGCACAAAGACUGACCAAAUAUCCGUUACUUCUGGAACCAUUAUUGAAAACCGCAGGCGACGAUGCUAACGAAAGGGAACUUUUACAGAAAGCACUCUGCGGUGUUAAGGAAAUCUUAGUAGAUGUAGACAAUCAAGUAGCUGCAAAAGAGCGGGAGGACAGGAAAUUAGAAAUAUAUCAUCGCAUUGAUGCGAAAUCAUUCGCUAACUUCCGAGGUCGCAAGUUCAAGAAGAGCGACAUCCUUCAGGGCAAUAGAAGUUUAAAGUUUGAAGGUGUAGCAACGUUAAUGCAAGGCCGAAGUAAAAUGCAAACACUCCUUGUGAUAGUUUUAACAGACGUUCUGUUCUUCUUACAUGACAAUAACAACAAAUAUACAUUCUUCACGCCCGACAAUAAGACGGGCGUGGUAUCGUUGGUGAAACUAUUGGUGCGCGAGAAGGCGGGCGCGGAAGGUCGAGGGUUAUAUCUGAUAUGUAGCGGGCCAGCUGAGCCUGAGAUGUUCGAACUGAGGGUACACCGGCCCAAGGAUAUACACUCAUGGAUACAGGCCAUCAGAACGGCAGUACAGCACUGUCCGGAGGAGGAGAAGGAACCGGACGCGGCCUCACUGGCGCCAUCUGCUGAUGAAAGGCAGCGACAACUCGAAGUGCGUCACGAGAAUAUAAGACUGAUCACAGAAGCGUUACGAGCUAAGGAUAGAGAACACGCGGCGCUGUUAGAAGAGAAAAUGGCAUUGCAUUUGAAAAUGACAGCGCAUACUGGCAAUAACCAACUAGAUGUACCAAACACAGGAGUGCCUGAAGCUACGUUUCCCGGUGGUUUAGUGUUCCCGGAGUACGUGCGACUGGCUGCACCGUCGCCCGACACGCAUGCGUUGUGGCAAGAAGUUUGCAGAGUAGUUAAGGAAGCUUUAGAUGUGUCGAGUGGUACGUGGACGGCGGGUGGAGCUCUAGGGCGGAGCACUAGUUCAGCGGGCGAGAGACAUUCGCGUGCUUAUGAAAGUCCCGCUCUACCGCGUCGAGCUGAUACUUUCGCGGGAUUCGAUCAUAGUCGUCAUCGAGGUCUGCCUCGACUGUCGACUGAAACGCCUAUAGAGGGCGAUAAUGUCGGCGAAGUGGUGGAGCCUCGACUUCUGGAACAGCUGGGGGGGUCAGCGGCUCUCAAACUUCAACACGCGAUUUAUACUCUCACGUGCAUCGUGUGGCAGCAACUCACCACAAUACACAGUUUGGAAGCUCAAGUGUGCGCGUGGCGAUCCAGCGGCGGUAACGCGGCGCGAUCACACGACGCGCAAUUAGAGGAGUUGAGGCACGCGCAAGCAAAACUCACCGCCGACCGAGCCGCGUGGGAGGCCAUGCGCUCCGCCGACAGGGCCGCCAUCGCACUAGAAAAACGGCAGCUACAAGCGGCUAGAGAAGAGUUGGCAGAACAACAAAAAGAUGUGGAACAACAACGUGAAAGGUUAUACAGGCGGCUCGAAAGGUUGCAGCAACACGGUGGUUCACAAGAGGAGAUCGCUAGUGUCGGUACAUUAUCUCCCGAUUCUACAGUCACCGAUACGACGAGGCGGAAAGAGUCCAAAUGGCGAAAUAACCGCGGCUCCACCGGGUCGGAGUCGUCGGCGGGCGUGGCGGGCGCGGCGCCGGGCGCGGGCGCGCUGCCGCCGCCGCAGCUGCUGUCCGCGCAGAACGAGACGCGCGCCACCGUGCGCGCGCCCGCCAUAUCGGUCAGUGUGAAACAACAGUUGCCAUUAAAGUUAGCGAGUGGGAAAACUCAACAGCAACCGCCGCCUGGCUACCACAGACUCCACGAAUCGCCGAGUGAGCAAAACCAAGGCUUAGUGAUCCAUCACACUCGUACAGGGAGUUCGCCCGCCCCGCUACCGUCUCAACAACACCUCAAUAAUAAGGCUACCAGAACAAACACAUACCCCAAACUGCCGGAUAAGUUUCGGGUUCGGUCCCCGGAAAGUCCCGCGCCGCAGCCCCCGGAGGAGGAGGUGAUCUACUUCUGACAGGGCGCGCCCUCCACGCUGCCCUCGCGCUCCUGAGGAUGUCGCCUCGCGUGAAUAACACGCUGACCCUCGCACUUAGACUUAGGGGGGUCAUAUAUAGCUUAGGGGGUCAUCUACCGCUCACAGAGUCAUCUAUAGCUCGGGGAUCAUCUGUAGCUUAUUGGGCCAUCUAUAAUUCAGGGGGUAAUAAUAUAACACAGGGAGCCAUCUAUAGCUCAGUGAUUUAGCUCAGGGGGGCAUUUAUAGCUCAAGAGUUAUUAGCCUCAGGAGGUCUUUUAUAGUACAGGGGCCAUCUAUAGCUCAGGAGAUUACCUGUAAGAUCUAUAACUCAGGGGGUCAUCUACCGGAUCCUAAAAAAAUGUCACACGUCCUUGGAAAAUAAAUAAUCUGAGUCAUCAU